AGCUAUCAUGAGUUUUCAUCCAAGAAAAACAGCGAAUUCGCUGGCAGUGCUUUUCCGAGUUGACAGCAGACAGAAUCCUGAAUAAAAUCACAGAUAAUUUGAAGAUCAUCAUGCGUUCCUUAGUGAGGCUAUCGUUUCCUCUCGUGAGACACUACUGCAAUCGCCGCAUUCCGUAUAAGACCGAAGCCACCCACUCGGGCAUCAACCUCACCGAGACCACUCCGAGUUAUCGUAUGGACCAGUCCAUCGCCCUCACCGACACCUCGACCAAGCAUUCGGUGUUUAACGAGCAGCGGGUCAGAGAUCAACUUGCUCAGCUUGGAGAUGGGAGUGUUGAUCUGGUUAAGGACGAAGAGACAGGAGUAGCAAGGAUCGUUCUGAAUAAUCCUAGCAAAGGAAAUGCCUUGUCAGGAAAAAUGAUGGUUGAUUUCUCAGAUGUCGUCGAUGACCUAGAGGUUUGGGAGCAUGGGAAGGGUGUCGUUCUUCAUGGCAGUGAGGAGUGCGACCAUUUCUGCAGCGGUGGCGACGUGUCUGUUUUGAGUGGCUUGGAUAAACCUGAAGCAGGGGGAAUGAUGUGUCUCUUCAUGCAGAACACCCUCAGCAGGCUGCAGCGUCUUCCUAUGAUCAGCGUCGCUCAUGUCCACGGGCAAGCAAUAGGGGGCGGGGCCGAGCUCUUGACCGCAUGCGACUUCCGCCUUUGGACGGAAUCCACGGAACUCCAGUUCAAGCAGGCCAAGUUGGGACUUUCCCCUGGAUGGGGCGGCGGUGCACGGCUAGUUGGCAUUGUUGGACCACAGAGGGCGCUACAGCUUCUUGCAGGAUGUCAGAAGGUAACAGCCUCUGAAGCACUUGAGUUUGGGCUCGCUACUGAAGUCUUGCCAAGAAGUGGUGACAGUGUACAAGAUGCUGCAGAGUGGCUCUGUCAGUACACACAGCUGUCUGCAGACAUCCUCAGUGGUAUCAAGGAACUUGUACUUGCAGCCACCCAUCUUCCUCUGGACAAAGCAUUAAAAGUGGAGCGUGAAAUCUUCACCAGUCGCUGGUGGAGUUCCGAGCAUGAGGAAGGAUUUAAGAAGGUUCUAGAUAAAUUACAACGGGGAAAGUAGCACCUGUCGGCACUAUAACAAUGCAUGAGGACACCCAGAAAUGAGUUUCAUUUGUGAUGUUAUUUCUUUGAGUUUGUUGCUUUCUAACUUUAUAUUCUGUUCUGCAGCAUCAUCUCAACAUCAUUUUCAAUACUUGCAGUGUACAUGUAAGUAUUUGAGGGAAUUGAAUGACCAUUAAAUUAAACAUUGUAGUAUUUUGUGUAAUAUUGAAUGGUUUUGCUGUUGAGUCCCUCAUAAAUGGUCUGUAUGUUCCACUCUUUACUUGAAAUGGGUAAUAGGAAUGUAAAUGGCUGAUCCCCAUUAAAGAUGCAUUAUAUCUUGUAAUAUUACAGGUACUUCCAGAGCAUUUCAAUAAGCUUGGUAUCAGCAAAUUAUUACUCAUUCAUUUUAUAUGAAAGCUCAGGGCAUGAUCGCCCUUAAAUGUUUACCUUGCCAUAUCAAGGUUUGAAUAAUGUAGGACCACCAGGGACAUGGUCUUGGAUGCCCUACUAUUCAUUAGCAUCAAUGUCCCUUUCUUUGGUCUUUGAUAUUUUUCCACAUUUAUGCUGCAUUAUAGAAUGAUGCCCUUUAUUAUCGUCUAGGAGUAGGAGCUCAUCCCAAUGUUGUUACCUUGGGAUAAAGCCAAACGAUGAUGAUGAUGAUGAUAAUGAUAUCAAUAAUCGCUGGAUUUACAUUUAGCACUUUUUGUCAGAAGAUACAAAGCGCAACUAUUAUUACCCUGCCUUAUAAUAGCUUCAGCUAUUGAUUUAUCAGCUGCAAAUCACAUUAUUGAAAGCUCAAGCUUCAUGUUAAAUGGGUCAACAUUGGUGCUGUGUUAAAGUAGAAAAUUUGGCCCAACACCAAAAGGUCAACAAAACUUGCAGUCCCCCAAGUCUUGUGCAUUCUGAAAUCUUGUAUAAAGUGAGCCGUGUGUGGUCUCUCAAAAAUCUGUGCCAGAAUUAUGAAAAGCCAAACAUGCCAUUGAACUCUGAUAUAAUUUGAGUUGUGGUCUUCUUAAAAUCUUUGCGAGAAGUAUGAAAAUCUCAUGCAUCUUUAAUCUUUGAACUUGGCAUCUCUGUGUGAGUGAUAUGUGCUUUACAAUUACAGUACAAGCAGUGUUCAUUAUAUUUAUUUACAUGUACAUGUAGUACCGGUAGUUUUGAAAAACCUAAAACAAGGGAUACCAGUAUUUGUUUGUUUUUUAAACAAGGUUUGCUAUUUAUUUCUCCUCUCUAAGUUAUGGUAUACAUUUGUGGCUAAUUUUACAGAUGACAAGUGCUGAAUUAAGUAAGAUGUUUCUUGAAUUAUGCUACACUUUAAGGCAUAUACAUGUACUGUAGGAAAGGAUAUAUGUGUACAUGUGAUGUACAAUGUAGCCAGGGUGUUGGUUGACAAAAUCAGUCAAUGCACAUUGUUCCCUGUGCAUUAUGGUGUUGGCAAGUUUCAGCAUACAGGGGUUUCAGUCUAAAUUACAUCAAUCUAUCAAUGUCAAAAUUUACUAGAUUAUUAUUUAUAUAUUUGCUGACAAUCAACCUUGAUUUAGAAGCCCUUGUCUUUGAAUUAUUGCUCACUGACAUUGGCCAAGUUUAGCUUUCAUGUUUUAUUUUGUUUGAUGUACCUCAUUCCUAGAUUCUAAUCACUGAUUGGUCAAAAGUGCACCAUUGUCUCAGAGUUUGACUUGCUUUCAGUUUAUGCUAUCAAACCUUAAAACAGAAUGCAAAAUCGCUGAGGGGGCGGGGCCAGGAUUUGUGUUGCUAUACGCACCCAGCUAGCUGGCUCGAGAAGGUCUGCUGGCUGCUGCAGCUGCUCGCGCUUGGUCAUGUACAUGUACGUACGCGCAGCUACCGGCACACUGGGCCGCUGGCCAUGCCUCUACUGGUUGACCAGCAGCAGUGCAGCUCAUUUAAAAUAACAAAGUGAUUUAGCGAAAUCAACUUAGAUUAGGAGAUACACUAAAUUGUCCUAAAAUAGAUAUUACAUGUAUAUACCUCGUACCAGGAUUGUUAUCUUUGAUUGGUCAAAACUGCAUCAUGUGACGUGGUACUAUUCUGUCUAUCAUCGUCUCAGGGGUUUGACUUACUGUACAUUUCUUCAAACCCUCUGAUAGUACUCGUAACCCCUGAGGGCGGGGCCACAGAGUUGUGUUUCUACGCACGCAUCUAGCUGGCUCAAGCUCAAUGACUGCGCUGCUGCUGCUCGGUCAUGAACAUGGAUGCGCAGCCAUUGCCCGCUGGCUGGCCAACUGGAUUUAUCGGUUGUCCUGGCCAGCGUGCAGCAGAGCAGCCCUUGGAGUGCAGCUUGUUUAAAUUUAGCAAAUCAAAUUGAGAUUAGAGUUACUCUAAACUAGUGGUCCUGAAACUUAAUCGAUUGGGAUAAAGUUACAUGAUUAUCGAUGAGGUUUAUAAAACAAAUAUGGACUGCUCUGUAUUCAGAUGACAGUGAAAAUCAUCACUCCCUCGGUGCUUUUCAUUCCAGCCCUUCUAUCACCCCUCGGCCAAGGCCUCGGGGUGAUAGAAAGGCGGGUAUGAAAAGCACCUCGGGAAUGAUGAUUCACACAGUCAUCCUCAUGUCCAGUCAAUAUUUGUAUACCGGUAACCUCUGGGUCUAGAGUUAUGCGAUUGAAGAUGUGCCCUGUAAAAUGAAUAUUGAAAUCUACAAUUUCUAUAAAUGUAGUGCUACAUGUGCAUGAACAUGUGUUUUCCUUUAUAUGCUGUGUAUCGUUUCAUUUUCAAAUACUAAUCUUGAUGUUAUUAAUCACUUGUGACUAUCAUUGUAAAUAGUGAUAAUUUUAUGGAUAUAGAAUGAUCUGAAAUAAUUCUUCACCUGAGGAAACACAAUGCAUGAAUUGCUGCAUGAUUUAUUAUAUCAAAGAAUUGAAGAGCAGUGAUCAAUUAAAUGUUAUAAGAAUAUGAUUUUAGACGUGAAAAUAUAUUGAAAUACUAUAAAAAUGAA